CAGGCUCAGACACACCUCCUCUCUCAGCCCAGAUGAUGACACUGCCAGAGCGGAGGAGUCAGCUUCCGACCGGAGAUCUGGAGGCGAACUCGCUCACUACGAUGGAGGACGGCGUCAUGGCUCUUCGGCGCGGAUAGCUGCAGGUGCUGACGUUUAACAGCUACAACCACACACACAAACACACACAUACCAGAGCGUCGUAGAAGCCCCGGAUCUCAGGCAGUCCAUCGGACCAGGGCUCUUAUGAGACGGCUGUGUUGAUCUUGAAUCACACUGCAUGAAGCCUAGGGGAGGUUCUCAAGGAUGACACGGACACACCCACCUGAUAUACUGGUAUCCACUCUAUAUCAGGACAUCAUACCCUCCAACCCCAUCACUGGGCGCUCCAUUUCUCUCCGUUCCCCCCAGCAAUGUGACCUACAAAUGAUUGACAAACCGGAAAUCAUUAACAAAAGGCACUGCCGCAGCUUUGACUUUAUCGAGUCCCUUGAUGACCCAAAGUGCGUCUCUUCCUCCAUGGAGUAUCCGUACACGACGGCAGGACAGCACCAGAUGCCGGCCAAGGAUGCCAUGUGGAACAGCCUCGACCAACCGGGGCACCUCCGCUUCUCGUCCCCCGACCUGUUCAACGCCCGACAGGUCCAGCAGCACGUCAGCCACGACGCCCCAAGCCCCCCCGCCUGGUCCGGUUCCAAGAAGAAGACCCGGUCUAAAAGUGCCCCUCGCUUGAAGCCCACCCUCAAGCCAGUGCCCAUCUCGGUGUCCCCGCCGGGAAGCAGGAAGAGGAGGGACAUUCCCCGCGCCGUGUCGGAUCCGGUGAGGACGGUCGAUUCUCACCGCGAGUCCUACUCUUCCAACCGGGCCUAUUUGAAUGACGUCCACCCCAUUAAGUUGCAGCCUCACUCUCCCCUCUACGUCUCGGACUGUUUUGAGGAGCAGAAACCGGAUAAACCAGCCAUUGCUCCCCAUGUCAGGUGCCGCGUGGACAUUAAGCCGGACGCGGCUGUCCUCCAGCACACCGCCUGGCAGGUUCCCAGUGUGAGACCUGAACAACCCUAUCAGAGGUACUCCCACUCCAGCAGUAGCAGAGGCUUGUAUGUACCCCGCCAGUUUGCCUCCUCGCCAACGCCCACUCCUAGCGAGUGUUACAGUCAAGACUUCCGACCAGGGUUCCACCCUUUUACCACCAGUGUUUCCCCCAUCUCAUACCAGCAUCUAGACCCGCACAGAAUGCCGUCCCCGACGAUACCAUACCUAAGUAGAGAGCAACGAGCAUACUCCAACCCUAACAUACCCACAAAAUUUUUCUACACAGAGGACCCUGUCAGAUACCCGGUUCAUCCGUAUGGGAGACCAUACUUUCAGGACGACCAAGUGAGUCUUACCAGCCACGGCAGCACUAUGACCAGUCAGUACGAUCCGAGGACUCGGUUGGCGCACACCCUUCCAGUCAGGCCCUAUUACACAGAGCAUCCUGCUCUCAGGGAGCCCAUGCAGACAGUCUAUGGCAGACCCUACUCCACCAGUGAGGCGGGAUCCUACUUCUCCCAAACACCCCUAUCCAGACAUUACCACGAGGAGGAUCCCAGGAGUCCGUAUAACCUAAACGGCUCCAGGGUUAUUUAUUCAAAACCGUUUAGCCCCCCGGCUGAACAAUACGUCCCAGCGAGGCCAUACUACACAGAGGGCCGACGGCCGGUGCGGAUCCCCCAGUCUUAUUCCGACGACGUGUAUCGCUCCAGUAUAUCUUCCUACUCCAACCAGUCCUUCAUGCAUACACCACCGACAGUAAGGCAAGAACCCUGGUUCGCAAACGGUUGCAUGGAGCCGACUAGGCUCGGUGUUGAAGUGAAAAAUCACUCCAAGUCCUGGGACAACCUUCUGAACCCACGCUAUGAAAGAAGCCGGGAGCAGUCAGUGCCCCGUGGACGCAGCUAUGAGAACUUGUUCUACCAGGGAAGGCAUAAGGCCCCGUCCGGUGUCACGGCUCAGCCAGUAAUCCUUAACCUGUCCAGCUCCCCUAAGCGCUAUGCUGCCCUUUCCCUCUCGGAAAACUCUUUGGAUCGGGGUUCCAGCAAUCCUUGGAAGAACUCAAAGAGUGGGCUCUGGUUUGUCACUCCGGAGAUCACCAUCACAGACAAUGACAUACGGGGGGGCAACAGGAAGCUGCGAGACGUUCACUCAGUGAGCUGGGAAUCGGACCACGAGAAGGUACAUGCUUUGUCCAGAAGAGAAAGUCAUCUAGAAGGGAAUUCUCCCACACCAGACAUCGCCAAAGACUUUAAACCCAAUAAUUUCUCCCUCCAACAGAGUCUUGAACAAUUGGACGAGCUGUUAGCCGACCUUGUUGUAGACUACAAACCCCCCGGCAGUGGUAAGUCAAGCGAAGGACUUCUGGACCAGCUCAAACAAUUGAUCAGUGAAGAUGACGAAAAAGACAGGGAAUCUUCCGGUCUUCAGAACCUAGGAUUCCUUAACAUGCAGCUCCCGUCCAGUAAAUCCAGCCCAGACACGGUGAAAGACCCGGACAGCGGCUGUGAUGGCUUACAGAGGAGUGCGGACGGAUGUUCUCCAGACCACAGCACAGACGACGACAAUGAUACGAUGGUCUGCUCAAACAGGAACUGCAAGCGGAUAGAGACUCUGUUCAACGCGUGCCUGUACUUUAAAUCCUGCCACAGCUGCUACACGUUUUACUGCUCCCGGAACUGCCGCCGGGACGAUUGGGAGUCUCAUAAAGGGAACUGUUUGUACGGCCGCAUCAGCAGCAUGUGUCGACACACGCUGAAGUUCUGCAGAGAGAGCGCCGAGAUCCAUAAAGCCUUUUCCCGCCUCGCAAAGGCGGGCUACCUUUCUCGCGGCCGCGGAGUCCUCUUCCUGGGCUUCGCCAAUCCAGGGACGGCUGACAACUUCCUCAAAGUUGGGCUGGAGUGUCUUCUCAUGUCCCCGACGUAUCUUUCCCUCAGGGAGCUGGAUGGCUUCAAGGACAACCUCGGAGAGUACUGCAAGGAACUGCAGCACUCGGGCAACGAAUAUGACCCCAAUGAAUGUUUCCUUCUGAACGUUUCGAUAGCCGUGGGUGAACUCUCGCCCAAAGUACCGUCCCCCAGGGUCCCAGCUCCGACAGUUCGUAAAUAUGCAAAGGUGUCCUUGGCCUCCUCCAGUCCGGAGAAAAAGCUAUUCAAAAAGGACAGCGAGAUGGAGACCCUCAUUCUCACCCCUCCCCCCGGCACACCUGACAUUGAUCAGGAGGGGGAGGGGGGGAGGAAGGCAAGAGAGGUGUGCUUUGUCAACAUCCAGCGUCAGCUCAGAACCAGAGGAGUGUUCCUCCGCCACGAGUAUCCCAAGAUCUACACCCAGCUCUGUGAGUUUGUGGAGAGAAACCAGAGGUUCACCCCCACCACAAUCUAUCCCAUCGAUAAGAGGACAGGAAGACAAUUUAUGUGUAUGAUCAUGGCGGCCUCCGAGCCCAGGACCUUGGACUGGGUGGGAAGCCCCAAUCUUCUAGAUGAUAUUAUAUAGCUUAAUGCUAUACUUUAUAUGAUGCUAUGAAGUAUGCUAAAGAUGUCAGAUUCACUUUGUGUACAUACUGUGGAUAUUUCCAAUAGUUUUGAGGGUUAUAGACCAGAUGUCUCCUUGUUUUUCAACGAAAACAACCGGAGAAACACAAAUUCAAACACUUGACACCACAUGCUGCAUUUGCUUUGUUUUGAACCUGUAGCACGGGAAAAGAGUUUUUAGCUUGCAUGUCGACUGAUAUAUUUUAGAUCUGAUAAUUGAGGCGUUCAGAGAUCUAAACAUGUAUAUUCGGUGUCUUGGGCGCUAUUGUAUGAAGCACACAUUAUGUAUAAGCUAAAUGAGGCACGGCACAUCUUACAUUACUACAGUCACUGUCUUUUGUUUUCUCUCUAUCAAAUGGUGUAUCCAAAACGUAUAAUUGUACCUUGUUACAGUGGCUGUACUAUUGCAACUGUUCAGUAAUAGGCAAUUUAGAUAUUAUCUCCAAAAUAUAUUUGUGUAAGUUUUUAUUUAUCUUAUUGCUAUUUUAGUUUUUUUGUUUAAUAGAAAAAAGGAAGACGCGUGAAGACCAGCCAAUUUAUUUCCUACACAGUUUUGGUUGACACCUUUGAUCACAUGACCAGAAUUGAUGUCAUUUUUGUGUAUCUCACUUAGUUUGAAAGUGGCCUUUAGUCAAAUUUAUUUUUAUUGACACAAAGCAAUGUAUCAGCUAUCUCUUAGAUCCUGACUGCUCUUGGCUUAGGUAAUGAUCGGCAAUUGGUUAAUUAUUUGCUCAAAGCAUGUUAUUUAUAUUCAGGUAUUUUAAUAUCAGUAAAGCUAAUAUUCAAAUAAUUAAGUUCAUAGUAUAUUUUCAUUUGAUCCUUGGAAACAAAGUAUCUAUAUUAUAUUUUGAAAUGUUUGAACAGGAUACCUUAUCAUUGCGUUAUAACAAAGUUAUAAACCAUAUGCAAUACGAAUAGGAAAACCUUAUCAGAGCAACAUAAUCACAUGCUAGGAAAAAUGCUAUUUUAUUAAAGACAUUGAGAAAUUCCUCAAAGCGAGGAGCUUCAACAACUUUGUUUGCACUAAAAUGUAAAUCAUAGAAUAUGAAUGUUUCUAAUGUAACUGCAGUUCCCUUAACCAAGAUUGAUAUUGUGAUUAUUUCCAUGGUUACGCUUGAAUUUACGGUUGCUAUUUUUCUUCAAUAUUUAUCUAUGUGCAAAACCUCCCCCUCUAUUUUGUGAUGUUUAUAACCCAUAUAUAUAUAUAUAAUAAUAAUAAUACAAAUAAAUGGAAUUCAGAGACUUGUCA